GCGCGGCAGGGGGUCGGGCUCGCGCUCACGGCGGUGAUGCUGCUGCUGGGCUGGCUAACUGUUUGGUAGCCAGCCAGCUAGUCACUGGAGCUCCGUAUAAACGAUCACAUUUGUGGAGUUUGUCACCGACCCGUGUUGUGUAGCGGCUGACGAGCACAAGAUGCUGUGGUAGUUGACGUUUAUGCGUAAUGCGCCGCAGUACCCGCAGAGGAGCAGGAGACAGUUAACGUUAACUAGCGACGGUUAGUUCGCUAACGUUCCAGCAAACGUUCAGCAUUUUUUUUUUGUUUUUUUAACCGAUAACGUUAAAGACUUCCGUCGUCAUGUUAGCCCCGUCCUCCAGUGUGGUUGCUUUAGUUUGUCGCGGCCUUACUUUCCCCUCGGGGCAGAAAUAACCGACGGUUAGAGCCUCCGCCAGCUCAACAACAUGACUCACGCACAGUGAGCUAGCUAGCUAGCCUGCCGUUAGCGGCUAACUUAGCUGGUGAUGCUAGCACGUUAGCAGUGUCAGUCCACGCCGCGAGCUGCUGAAGUGAUGUCUGUCCGAUGGAGCUGAAGUGUUGCUCGGCUUGCCAAAGAUGACGGGCCGCCUGAACCGGGUUUUUGUGCCUCUGUCAGCAGGAGGCGGAACAUGGAAGCCGAGGAAGAGUGGAACAAAGACCUGAGUGCACACAAACUGCUGGAGAAAAAGGUGCUCGGCAAGCAGAAUGGAAGGAUCGUUAUAGUGAGAACUCUUCACAGCCUGUUGAAAACCAGGAACACACUGCAGAUUCCGUCCAUCACCCGCUCAGAAUGUGCUGGCUCCUGUCCAAAUCUGAUAAUGAGUAGGAGCGAGCACGCCGAUGCGAGGCCCGUCCCCGUGGCCCUCACCCCCCAGCUCCCCCCCAGAGCUCACCGGCCCCUCUGCAUGUCGGUCUCCUCCGACAGCAGCGGACGCUUCAAAGCUCUGGAGACGCAGGAGUGGAAGAACAACCUCAAAGCUCAGAUGGAGCAGGCCCACAGUGCAGGAGCUGCCAGCAGCACAGGUUCUCUGGUGCGAGCGUCUCUGUUCUGCGCCUCGGCUUCCACCACACCAUCCAGCUCCAGCCUGUCCAGCCCAGUGGAGAUCCUCAACAAGAGCAAAUCCUCCAGCCGCUUCUCUCUGUUCUCUCCGCCCUGGAACAGCAGCUCUGAGUCCGACUCCAACCCACCAUCCCGCUCGGGCUCCAAGAAGCUGCGUAACUACAGCAGGAGAGCUGCCACGGGUCCGGCCGGUGCCAGGGGCCCAGAUACGCCUGAGCCCAAACCCAGCGGCCCUGAACACUUCCAGUACUCUGAACCCGUCAUCUCCAAGGUGACGGACUACAUCUAUGUUGGCAACCUGAAUGCGGCGUACAACGGGCGCACCCUGUGCCGCAAUAACAUUGACAGCGUCAUCGACAUGAGCAGUGUGCCGGGAGAACUGGGCCCCAGCCUCAACCUCAUACCGUGCACCUGCUCUCGCGGCACCCGCCACAGCUGGUCCCGCCUCAAGGUGGACAUCGGAGACGUGCCGGACGCUCUGGGUGACGGCCCGGCCCUGAAGCAGCGCUGCUUUGAGGACAUCAACGAGUGCAUCAACGCCUCCACCGAGAAGAGGAAGCGCGUCCUGGUCCACUGUCGAGACGGUUUCUCUUUGGCGCCGACGUGUAUCAUCCAGUACCUAAUGGUGAAACAGAACAUGAGGCUUAUCGCCGCCUACGAGCUACUGAGGGCGAAGUACCCGGUCAACAUCAGGGAGUGCCACCAAAACGUGCUGGUGAGCCUGGAGAGGGCACUGCGGCCCGGAGGCAACGUCGACCCCGAGUGCUUCAAACAGGCCAUCUCACGCAAAGUGGCGUGGACCUGACUCAGUUUCCCAACAUGCUCGGCUGCUGCUCAAGGCUGUCUUUAUUCCUCCAUCCUCCCGUGGUAUUAGAUAUUUUCCUAAAGACAACCAAGGGCAGCUGUACUUUCCCCUGUAGACUUUUCAACUGAAUAUUAUUGUCUCCACUUGAGUUCAGUGGUUGUAAAAGUUAUGACUUUGAUGUAUUUCCUCUUCAAACCUGUAAAUGUGACCUGGCUGUGAUGCCCCCUCCCCCGUCACCGAACAGGAGACGCAAUAGACUUCACUGUAAUGUAUACAGCUUCUUGGUAACGAUGUAAUAGUGUUGGCUGUAUAGUUGAUAUAGUCCUGCUUCAGUUCUGUGCCAUGCCGUUGUGGUGGUGUUUUAUAUCAGGAGAAUUACUUAAUGGGAGAUCUCAGGAGAUUAUUGAUGUCAUUCCAAUUCAGGGUGGGAAAUUCAUUAGAGUUCACACCUGGCACUAAAAUGCAACUUGGUGAGCUGUGUAAAUAUAUAUAUAUGUCCAAAAGGGUUGGAAGGGUCACUGUUAGUAUAAAUUGUACAGCAGGCUAAUGUGUGAUACCAAACGUGGACAGAAAGUCUACAUGUUAUCUUACACUUGGUUCUAUUUGCUGCUGAUGCAAGUCAAAUUUACAUCUAGUAGCGCUUUAUAGAAUAGACAAUUAAAGCAUCACCUUGAAUUUAAACAUGAUGUGAGACACGUCAGCGGCUGAGGCAUCCCUUCGUUCAAUCCAUGCUGACUUCAACCUCCAUUAAUAUCUUACCUCUGUCCUCAGAAGCAGCUUUCCUGUCAGCAGUACAGCUCCUGAGGAGCUGGGAGGACAGCAGGAGGACAAACUGUCUUCACCAGGCUGAAUAACUCCAGAAAUGGGACCAAAUGUCCCCUUUAUCUCUAUAUGCCCGUAGUGAAAUUGGAAAGCUCAGAGGGAAACUGGGGGUCUUGGUUUGAGAGUUUGGGAUUGUGUCUUGAUGCACAGAAACGCAGCUGCAGCUGUGGAGUUGCCCUUUAGGCAUCAGAAAAUCGAAACACAGUUGUGGACAGGUUGAAGGGGCCAAGUGGCACUUGUAAAUGUUUAGAAACUAAGUAUGACACCUGAAAGUGUGUUCCAGUUGUUAUUGUCCUUCCACGGGGAAACAGUUUUAGCCUCUAGAAGAUAAUUACUCGCCUCAUUCCUGGUACCUUGAAUCCUUAAUGCGGCUAUAAUCAGCAAUGCACCAAGUGACAAUGUGAAAACAGUUUGAAAGGUGUCUCAUAGUGAUGAAUCUACAGAGAGUUAUCAGCUGAACCUGUAGCUCCCCUCGGCUUAAAGCCCCUUCAUAGCGAGUUUCAGCUCAUUGUUUAGCUGUGUAGCCCACAACAGCGCCGUUUUCAUCCUAGUGCCCAACCCUAAUAACUUAACAGAACCGCUAGCAGAGUUGAGUUGCCAAAUAACUCAGAUCUGUGUUUUUUUUUAAAGGUGCCAUGUGGACUUUUCUUCAAACAGUUAUGCUGAAGUGUGGCUUGCAUGCACUACAUAUUACCUUGCACUUGAGCACAUGCUAGGAGAGCAUGAGAUGCAAACAAAACAGGGACGUGGUUAUCAAAACAUUGCUCCAUAGCACCACUAGUGGUCAAAAUCUCAGAGUUCGUAGUGAGUUAUCAACCAGCCUAACUUCCUCUCUGGCUUUAUUGCUGCUGAGUCCAAAUUCUGUUUUAAAAGAAGUUUCAGCUUCCUCGCAGAUAAAAUCUCAUUUUUAAUGUGAAAGUGAAGUCGAAACACAGUCACUUGCAUUUCAGAAAUAUGUCUGAUGCCGGGUGUGAACUACAAUCUGUUUCAUAUAGACUUUGACACAAUCUGCAAAGAUCUGACAAUGAAGAAAGUAACUGGCCACUGUUUGUUUGGAGCUUUGUUUUUCUUCCUAAAAAUCAAUUUUGCUGGUAAAAUAGUUUGGACGUACUAACCGUUGGUUUAAAAAAAAAUAAAAAUGGAGUUGGUUUCCAACCCUGUUAAAGCAAAGCUGCAACUCUGCUGCUGAUACUCUGAAGAUUGGUGAUGUUCUUGUGAUCUGUCACCACUGACUGGAUUACAUUACCGAUUAAUCUGCUUCUAUCGCAAGAGGGAACUUUGCACACGGACACGUUUCAAAUCUGGCCUGCUUCUGUUCUUCUGUUCUACCUUUUCACGCUGUUUUUGUUUGUUUUUUUGGUGUCUUUUCUGAGGUCAUACUUGAUGGAAGAUGAACGGCCCAACCUGUCCUCUGUGAGGAAGACUGUAGCCCCAUUUUGAGCCACAGUUUGUUUGGUUAAAUCUCUUCGGUGGUGCUCAGACUGUGACUUGGUGACUUUGAACUUAAGUGUAUGCAGUGAAGCUGGGUGAUGUGCGUCUCUAUGGAUUAUCAGUAUUAGUGUAUCAGUGCCACUGAACUGCGAUUCAGGGUUCACACUGCAAGAGGUGAUUUUGCACUACUCACAGGGUUGUCCAAAAUGCAAAGUAUUGCCUUUUUAUUUUAAUAUUGUUUGAAUUGUUGUUAUUGUGGGAGAACGGCUGAUGACGCUUCACACCUACGUGGGAGAGUGACUAUCGGCUAUGAGUCUGACAGCUGCCACGUUUACAUGCUCAUUAGAAUAACCAGAUUAAGGUAACGGUUCAAUUAAAGUGUUUACGUGGUUCACACAAUCUGAUCCCUGAUAACUUGAGUUUACAUUAUUGGUUUGAUUGUUGUGUAGGGCUGUUUUUAGUCUUAACAUGAUCAUUUUUUUCAAUAUUUUAUACUUUUUUGAAUACAAAAAUGUUUUUCUACAGCUGUUGUUUGGUCACAUAAUCCACACCACAACAAGAAAAUAUGUGAUAAAAUCUGUUUAAAUCAGUGAUUGUCUGAUCAAAGAAUAACAGUUUGACUAGCGCUAAGACUAAUGAUUAUUUUCAUUAUCAUUGAAUCUAUCCAUUAUUUUGCGAUUAAUUGUUAAAUUGUUUAGUCUAUAAAAUGUCAGACAAUAGUGAAAAAUGUCUCAACGUCUUCAAAGGCCUUGCUUUGUCCGACCAACAGUUCAGCCCCCAAAAUAUAAAACAGAAAAGCAGCAAACCCUCACAUUGGAGAAUGUUUGGUGUUUCUGCUUUUUAAUAAAUUACGUAAAAGAUCAAUUGAUUAUGAAAAUGGUUGCAGAUUAAUUUUCUCUCGAUCGACUAAUUGAUGAAUCACGUAUAAGUUUCAGCACUGGUGCCGCCAUUCGGUACAUGACAGGUUUUGAUACUCUGUGCUACAGACAAUUCAGUCAGUACCAAGAAAACUGUUGAGGUUUGAUAAGCAUGUUGUUCCUCCACAGCAGGCAUGGUGCUGUUUUUAUACGGAGACAGAGCGCAACGCGUCAUACUCUGAAAACCACAAUAUGCAACCAAAUGCUGAAACGCUAACAGAAUGCCUGUAGCUAGCUAAUAACAUUAGAUAUCAGCAUGUCAAAGGAUUAUUUUAGCACCUUAUGUCUGCCAGAGAGGAAAAAGUACGUUGAUAAACUCGAUAUUGUCGGCCUCUCAGUGUCCCUUCUCCUUACCUUGGUUUUCUUGGACAAAUGCUACUGUAAUUCGCUAAAGCGCUUGCAAACGUAAUACUUCAUAGCUUUCUCAAUUAUCCCCAUUUCACUAUAACACAAGUUGCUGUCAGUUUUAAGUUAAGCUACUGGAUAUUUGACUUACCAGUGACAAAAUGCAUACUGUGUCAGGAUCCCACUCUACCUGCUGAUGCCUCACGUCUUAUUGUCCUGUAUCCACUUUUGUCUUAGAAGCUCAGUUUUUCGUCUCGGCAGCUUAUAGAAACUUAGUUCUGGGUUCUUUACCCUGUCGCUAGAGCAUCCCACCACACAGCAGCUUUUAGGCAUUUUUCUGUUGUUUGCUAGCAGACGGAAGUGACGUGGAGGCACCUUCAAUACAAAGUCAAUGGAGAGCGGUGAAUUGUUUUCCCCUCUGGGUGUGGGCGGGACUUAAUUGCGCUCUGUCUCUGUAGAAAGACUGCGGCAUCAGCUGAUGCCUUCUUAAAAUCAGAACACUAAAAGAAAUCAGAAUGCACCAACAUCCCCAAAUAGAUGUAAUAAUUGAGCAAAGGUCUGGAUUGGUUAUUUAUUAUUAGCUUAAUGUGCUUAUGACAAGUGUACUAAAGUGUGACAUGUUUCACAAUCUAAGGAUCGCCUUAAUCUGAUUAUAUCCAUAUGAGGUGUCUGCUGAACCUGGAGGACUACGUUUUGUUUUGUUUUUUUCACUUUUCACGCAACAAGAUAAUAUGAAAACCGUUGUUCGAAGAUGUCAGGUUCAUUUUCACACCAGAUUAUGUGAACAGCGUUUCCUCAUCUGCUUUAUUUUGAUUGUCCAGUGUCACUGAUGGCACCAAAUAAUGGCAAUGAGACAAGCGCUACACGAUUGUGGAAACGAAGAGGAUCAUAGUGUUCUCAGUCUGAGUUGAGUUUACAUUUCUGCCUCACAAUUAGAAGGUGAACUUGUUGCAGAGUAGGAGGGAUGCUGUUUGGACGGUAGUGAUAAUGACAAAUAUUUAAAAAGGUGUGUUUUUCAACUUUUGUGGAAUGCUGUUAUUAGCCUGCUAGUCAUUGUUUCAUGAGGUCUAAUGUCAUCCUGUCAUUUGAAGAUGCAAUUUAAGGGAGGAUUUAGCGUAGCUUGGUUUUAUGCAUCAGUCUCCCUGUAAAUGCUAAUAUGGUCCUGUCAUGCAAAGAUAAUUACAUAGGGGUGAUAAUUAUAAAUGCAAUUUUAACACUAUGAAACGUGCAGCCCUGAGAAGCCUGGAAAUCUGUCGAACUUCAGUUUGUAUAGUUAAGAGUGUGAACGUGAUCCAAACGAGUUACAGAAGGCAAUCCCGAAAUGAAAUGGUUCAGGCUAGGCUGGUUCAGCUACAGGUUUGGUUUAGGUUAGCUAAUGGUUCAGUUUAGUGGUUAGGAUUUUGGUUCUGAUUAGCUAACGGUUUGUGUCACGUUCAAUCAGUGAAAACCUCCUCUCGUACAAAACUUGAAGCUGUGUUGUCAGAGCUGAAGGUAAAUACGUUUUAGCACAAAACAUGAUCGAGACAGAUAUUAGCCCACUGUUGGAUUUUUCCUCUUGAACCGACUUAUAAUAAGACACUUAUGCUCUAAAUUCGUUUAGCUAGUCAAGUUCUGGUUAAGUAACGGUUCAAUUAAGCAGCUAAAAGUUUGGUUCAGGUUAGCUAAUGGUUCAGUUUAGUGGUUAAAAGUUUGGUUAUGAUUGGCUAACUGUUCCCCCUUGUACAAAGCUUAUCCUGAUCUGAAUAUUAAAGCUGUGUCGUCAAAACUGAAAGUAUUUUUAGCCCACUGUUGGAUUUUUCUCCUGAACCACAUUAGUUCAAUAGAGACCCUUCUGCUAUAAAUACGUUAGCUAGUAAAGUCUGGUUCUGGUUAAGUAACGGUUCAGUUGAAGUGUAACUAAACCCCUAAAUUCUGCUAGCUUCCUCCCUUUCCAGCAUAUUUACCGUGACGUUAACCCCCAGCAGCACAGUUAAGUCGUCAUGUGACCGGUGUGGUAGGAGUGGAAGCUAAAAGUAUGGUGCCUUCAUUUGGAGUCGUCUUGUGACCGUACGGUGACAUUUGCACACUUUGUAUGACUUUAACUUCUCUCUAUAUGUUGUAAAAUGUUAAAUAUUUUUUGAUGUUUUAUUUUGAGCAAAAAAAGUAUGAAAAUGACAUUCGUGUAAAGCGGCCCUCGCUGUAAUAUAUUUGCUAGUCAUUAGUGUACAGUACCGGUGUUUUACUAAUGCAGGUGGUGAUGAGACCGAAGAAGAGGGUAUAUUUCUCGAUGGAUGUUUUAACGCUUAUGCGAGGCACUGUAGUAGACAAAGUAUCAGCAUAUUUUGGUUUAGCCCUUGUUGUAAAUGCUCCAAGUCAAAGUCAUCAUAUCAAACUGAAUAGGUUUUCUAACUCGUUCUCUCAGGUGAUUUCUCAGUGGCCCAGAAUGUUCUCGAUGAAUAUGAUAUUCAGAAAUGUGAAGCGAUGUGUUUCUCAUGUCAUGUUUCUUAAGUCAUAUAAUUUGUACUGUUGAAAUAUUAAAGAAAAGGAUGUACAUACCA